UAUCAUUUUGAUGUCAUGACUACAUUUUUUCCCACACUUUUUCAUAUUAAAAUAUUAACUUUUCAAUAUUAGGAAAUUACAUGCGUAGUCUUUAAAUAUAUAUUUUUCCAGUUGCACUCAGUCAAGUAAGAGGUUUUUAUUGUGUAUAUGUGCGCACGCAUGGGUGAGUCAUAAUGAAUUGUUCCUACAUUAUUUAAAGUCUAUUUUAUAUUUUCUGUCUUGCUUUUGACUAUUUUCCUUUCAUCAUAUUUUUUGGUGUUCCUUUCAAACAAACUUUUGUAUUUAUAUUUCAGCUGUUUUAACGCUAAAUGUAUACUACGCUGGUCGCAGUUCAUAUAGUUGUAUUUCUCUUCAUCAGUAUUUUUCAGUGUAAUAUUUCUCUGAUGCACUAAGUGCCGCUGUUGGUCAGUAUGUUCCAGCUUUAAACACUCGUUUUUAGAUCCUCCUCCACUUUCUGACAUCACAUUCUGCAGAAUAUCUCUUUCAUUCACACGGUCUCUUCUUAACACUGAAGCGUCGAGACAUUCGCUGCUCUGUGUUUUCAGAUGAUACAAUUCAAUCUUCUUGAAUCUUUUGUUCUUCGUCUUUUCAUCUUUAGUGGAACAGAAGAUUUGGAUGAUGUCGGUUCUUUGUUGUUUUUACGCCCAAAGAGGCGCAUCUUCGACGCGGAUUUCAUCAUGGCUAAUGCAGCCUCUCGUGCUCUGCGUCUUUGUCAUGGCCGUUGCGCGCGGGCAGGUCCGUUAUUCUAUUCCAGAGGAGAUGACAAAGGGCUCGCUGGUGGGAAAUAUCGUUCAGGAUCUCGGUUUGGAUGUUAAGAGGCUGAAGUCUGGUCGAGCGCGGAUCUUUACGGAGGACAGUCGUGAGUACAUCGGUCUGAAUGUGGAUAAAGGGACGCUGAUAGUGAAAGAGAGGAUAGAUAGAGAGGAGCUGUGCGCCCAAGUGUCUCCCUGCUCCUUACAUUUUCAGAUCAUUCUAGAAAACCCCAUGGAGCUGCAUAGAAUUGAUGUAGAAAUAUUAGACAUUAAUGAUAAUGCUCCUACAUUCGAUAGAAAAGAAAUUGAUUUUCAAAUAAGUGAAUCAGCCAUUCCUGGAGCUCGAUAUUCAUUGGAAAGCGCUAAAGAUCCAGAUGUAGGUCUUAAUACACUUCAGACGUAUAAACUCAAUCCCAGCGAUUAUUUCACACUAAAAUCGUUGUCUCGCCCUGAUGGCACUAAAUAUGUAGAGAUGGUGCUGCAGGCUCACUUAGACCGAGAGAAGCAAAGUGUACAUAAAUUGCUUUUAACCGCAUUCGAUGGAGGCAGCCCAGCAAAAUCUGGCGCUGUUAAGAUAAAUAUUGUUGUUCUUGAUGCAAAUGACAACGCUCCGUCAUUCACUCAAUCUGUUUAUCGAGUUAGUUUGCCCGAAAACACCCCUUUGGGCUCUCUUAUCAUUACGGUAUCCGCCACAGAUGCAGAUGAGGGUGCAAACGGAGAUAUUGAAUAUUAUUUGUCUCAAAGCAGCCGUAGUGUUUCUAAUAUUUUCAGCAUCGGGUCUUUAAACGGGGAGAUCACAGUUAAAGGUGAUUUAGAUUUUGAGAUUUCUAAAUACCACGAGUUAGACAUAGAAGCGACAGAUAAGGGUGGUUUAACAGAUACUUGUAAAGUACUUAUUGAAAUUACGGAUGUAAACGACAAUGCCCCUGUCAUAAGCGUAAUGUCAUUCUCUAACACAAUACCUGAGGACGCAGCACCGGACACUGUAAUAGCGAUGUUAAAUGUCAAAGAUUUAGAUUCAGGAAGAAAUGGACACGUUAAAUGUUCAAUUGCUGCAGACUUACCCUUUAGAAUCAAGUCAUCGACCAGCAAUUUCUAUAGUUUAGUCACUGAACAGUUAUUAAAUCGAGAAGCAAUAUCAGAAUACAAUAUCACAAUAACAGCUAUUGAUGAGGGCUCGCCAUCAUUCUCGACUAAUAAAACGCUGACACUGAAAAUCUCUGAUGUCAAUGACAACGCCCCUGUGUUCCAGCGUCAGUCAUACACCGCAUAUGUGAUGGAGAACAAUUCCCCCGGACUCUCUGUUUUAUCUGUUAAAGCGCGUGACAAAGACUCCGGCAAUAACGCGCGUAUUUCAUAUUUUCUAGAGGAUGUUCUUGUGAAUGGCGUCUCUGCCUCGACCUAUAUUUCAGUGAAUGCAGAGAGCGGAGAGAUUCUUGCUGUUCGUUCUUUUGAUUAUGAGCAAACAAAAGAAUUUAACAUUCGCGUAAAAGCGCAGGACGGAGGCUCUCCUCCUCUCAGAAGCAACGUGAGCGUGAAAAUAAUCAUUCAGGAUCAGAAUGACAACGCGCCUCAGGUUCUGUAUCCGGUCCAGUCAGCCGCUUCUGUGGUGGCUGAAAUAGUGCCUCGUUCGGCAGAUGUGGGUUAUCUGGUGACUAAAGUGGUGGCUGUUGAUGUGGACUCUGGUCAGAAUGCCUGGCUCUCAUAUAAACUGCACAAAGCCACAGACAGGGCGCUGUUUGAAGUGGGCUUACAGAAUGGAGAAAUAAGAACUGUACGCCAAGUCACAGAUAAAGAUGCUGUCAAACAAAGACUCACUGUUGUAGUGGAGGACAACGGGCAGCCCUCUCGAUCAGCUACAGUCAAUGUUAACGUGGCGGUGGCGGACAGCUUCCCUGAAGUGCUCUCGGAGUUCACUGACUUUACGCACGACAAGGAAUACAACGACAACCUGACUUUCUAUCUGGUCUUGGCCUUGGCUGUGGUUUCAUUUCUCUUUAUCGUGUCUAUCAUUGCCAUACUGUCAGUCAAAUGCUACAGAUGGAGACGCGAGCGCAUGUUUUACAAAUCUGGAGCGAAUCUUCCAGUUAUUCCGUAUUAUCCGCCUCUUUACGCAGACGUAGGCGACAGGAACUUUACAGCACGUGUACAAUUAUGAGGUUUGCAGAACCACUGACUCCAGAAAGAGUGAUCUGAAAUACGUCAGACCUUGCAGUGAGAGCAUCAUUAGUCUGGACACCAGUGGAACACACACACUCACGCAUGCGCAGAGGGAAAGACUGAAUAAUGAUGAUU